AACAGAACAGCUCUGGGUCUGGGCAGAGUCAUAGAUUACAAUCUUAGACCAUUGUUUAGGCAACUUCCGUAAAAAAAAGCCCAACGAAUUAAUUUUUAUUUAACUCUACCUUCUAGUGUUCAGCUUUGGAGGAAUGAGGAAUUCCAAAGAAUUUCCUAACCCGUACUCUACACGAAUGCGUAUUCUCGCGAUUUCAGUGACAAAGCUCCAUUUCCAAUAGUAGGCCUACUCAAAAAUCCUACGUCCAAAAUCGUCAGUUGUACUUGUGAAGAUGAGAAUAUAUUAUUUCAAACAUCUGUUUUAUCCCAAUAUAUUUAGAACCGUAAUGACGACUGACAUAAACUUGUCUUCUAGCCAACAACAAUGAACUUCGACGGACUUGCCAAACGAAAAGGAACUAUACAUAGAAAGAUAUAAAUGGGUCGUCACGAAAAAGAAAUCCGGAAUUUAUCGCUGAGUUACCAACCCGCGUUUGUCCUUUGAGGCUGACAAGAAGUUCCACAGGUUUUCAGUACACUUAUGGACAGUUGCAAAGAUAAAAUCAGGGAGCUGUACCUAAGCGGUGACUGGCGAGGUAUUGUUCAGCUCUUCGAAAACGGUUUUUGCGACGAGAAACUUCUCUGGUUUCAGCCGGACUUGGACGGAAUAGAUUUUCUGGAGAAAAGUCUAGCGACAGUCGGAGUAAAGGGAAUAUCUAGUAUUGGUUGUGGCACUGGUCUGCUCGAAUGGAUCAUUAAUUCUUCAACAGGUCUGCCUAUAAUGGGCUACGAAAUAGACCAAGGUUGGUGGGAAAGCAAAUUUAGCCCUCCAAAAUUUUGGAAUGAAAUUGAAUGCAUUAAUCCCGCAAUAAUGCCACGGCUCGAUCCUCAGUUUGCGUUGCUAUUCUGUUACUUCAACAACUCGAAAGCCUUUGAAGCAUACCUCGAUAGCUUCACAGGUGACUGUGUGAUUCUUAUAGGUCCGGAUGAGAAAAACAAGAAUCGUUACUGUGAUCCGCAGCCGUUCCAGUUGAAAGAGAGUGAAGGCUGGCGCAUUCACGCAAUCUGGCGAACUAAGUUCCUUGAAGCAAUUGUUAUAUACAGAAAAUGUGUUAACUAAUACCUAUUGUGAUCAUAAAGUUCUUUUUAUUUA